AUGAGAGGCAUGAGUCUCUACAGCGCGUGCCCUCGCAUCUCGCGUGCCCUCGCAUCGCUCACGCGCGCACCUUUGUAUCGCUUACGCGCGCCUACCAGUGCCCAUCUAGUUGACAGAGUUUCCCUCCACCUUAUUUGCGAGGAACUUCUCUCAGUAGCUGUCCUUUGGGUCGAGUUGUAUUCUCGUAUCCAGCCAAGAUUCCUCACCUUCAGCGGAUGGGAGAAGUGGGAAGCGAUCUCAACUAUUUGGGAGGUGGGCACAGAGGAAGGUGGUGAUGAGGGAUGGAAUUGGUUGAUGGAAGAGAAAUUGAAUGGGCUUUGGGAGCGUGAUGCCGUUUGGAUCAGGCAGGAGCUGGCAAACAUGCCAAUGAGCGACAGCUCAUAUAAGGUAGAGCACCCAGUGGCAUUCGCGACAUACCUGCCAACGGAUGGUGUCUGCGGGUUCCACAUCACAAAGUCAACGGGACAUUCAUACGAAAUGAAUAUUUGCCUGUCGUUCGAUUGGUUGAGAUGCAUUUACAGGUCAUGUGCCGAAAUGUAUGGAACUGAGCAAACAAUGCCAAAGAAUAAGGGACGACAGGCUUGA